GAGCUUCUCAAAGCAGACAGAAGAGGUACUGGACUGACAGAAGGACAGAGACUAAGGGCAAGAAACAGCUUCUCCGGGCAGAACUCUGUUGGAUCCAUUCGGGAGUACGAAGGGCUUUAUUUGCAGUAGGACUCAUUUGUUGGAGAUUCCCUCCCCUCUCCUCCGCCUUUGGAAGGCUCCUCCUCAUUCACCGCAGGGGAAAAAAGAAGUGUCUAUAAUGACAGUUUGACCUCUACUUUUAUUUCGCCCCAUUGACACACCUGCUCACUCCCCCACUUUAAGAUAUUUACCCUCCAUUGCCCUCACUCUUUUACAAGCGUCACCCCCUGCCCUUCAGAUAAAUCUCAGCUCCUGUUUUUAAAGGCCCUCUCCCCCUUCCCUCCCCCUUAAAAAUGCUCCUCUUUCCAGCCCUCGUCCUUCUUCUCCUCCCCAGCCCCGCUCUCCUGACCUCUGCCAGUGCCCAAAACCCGCAGACAGGAGAGUGGCCCUCGGGGAGUCGCAAGGCUUCAAAGCUCCUGUCUGCAGUCUCCAGCUCUAAAACUACAAACCAGACCCCUCUUUCCUCCCUGGAACCGGCAGGCGACUCCCCUUCCUCUGACGAGCCCUCCCAGACUGUCAAUCAAAGGGCCACCAGAGACACAGACUCCGCCCCCGCCCAGCAGACGAUCAGGGUCUUGGUCUCGGAUACCUGUGUUCAGAAGGACGCGGCCAGCGGGGCCGACGAGCAGGGCAAAGAGCUGGACCUGGAGCCGGGCUCUCCCCUGGUGCUGACUCAUCGGAUCAGCCUGGUCCCGGGUCCGGGGGUGUGCGGGGGGUGCGAGGCCCAGUUCGCUGCCCUGAGGGAGCGUUUGGAGAGGCUGGAGAGGGAGGUGUCCGCACUGAGGGAGAAGUGUGGGGGUACAGAGGGCGGCUGCUGCACCUCUCAGCAGAGCACAGGUGCGCACUGUACCAUCGACCCGAGCGGUGCCUCGUGUCCGAACGACUGCAGUGAUCAGGGGCGGUGCGAGGGCGGCAAAUGCGUGUGUUUCCCAGGAUUCACUGGGCCGGACUGCAGUGAGGCCACGUGUCCGUCCAACUGCAGCAACAGGGGGAAGUGUGUGAACGGCAAGUGUGUGUGUGAGAGCGGGUUCACAGGACCGGACUGCUCCGAAAAAUCCUGCCCGAAUAACUGCAACAACAGGGGACGGUGUGUGAAUGGGGAGUGUGUGUGUAGCAGUGGAUUUACAGGGCCGGACUGUUCUGCCAAAUCCUGUCCCAAAAACUGUAACAAUAAGGGCAGGUGUGUGAACGGAAAAUGUGUGUGUGACAGUGGUUUUACAGGACCCGACUGCUCUGCUAAAUCCUGUCCCAACAAUUGUAGUAACAGGGGACGGUGUGUGAAUGGCGAGUGUGUGUGUAACAGCGGUUUUACAGGGCCCGACUGCUCUGCCAGAUCCUGUCCCAGCAACUGCAAUAACAGAGGGAAGUGUGUUAACGGCCGGUGUGUGUGUGAUAGCGGGUUUACAGGACCCGAUUGUUCUGAAAAAUCCUGUCCCGGUAACUGCAAUAACAAGGGCAGGUGUGUGAACGGUGAGUGCGUGUGUGACAGUGGAUUCACGGGCCCCGACUGCUCCGAAAAGGCCUGCCCCAACAACUGCAACAACCAGGGCAGGUGUGUGAACGGCAAGUGUGUGUGUGACAGUGGUUUCACAGGCCCCGAUUGCGCUACCAAAUCCUGCCCCAACAACUGCAGCAACAGGGGCCGGUGUGUGGACGGUCAGUGCGUGUGCAACGCGGGCUUCACGGGGCUCGAUUGCGCUACCAAAUCCUGCCCCGGCAACUGCAGCAACAAGGGCCGGUGUGUGAAUGGGAAGUGCGUGUGUGAGGCCGGCUUCACGGGGCCCGACUGCUCCGCCAAAUCCUGCCCCGGUAACUGCAAUAACAAGGGCCGGUGUGUGAAGGGCAAGUGCGUCUGUCGCCGUGGUUACGCCCUCCCGGACUGCAGCCAGUGUGAUGCUGGUUUCACCGGAGCGGACUGCAACAUCGCCCUCACCGCUGCAACCCAGCUCAGUAGCAGAGACGUAACAGACUCCUCGGUCACUGUUUUCUGGACUCCGCCCUCCGUUCAGUACGAAAGCUACCUCAUCACCUUCACCAGCCAGAAAGAAGGGGAUCAGAAGAUUACUUCUAAAGUUGGAGGGCAGCUCACCAGCUACACUCAAACCGGAUUGGCUGCUGGCCAGGAGUACACGGUGUCAAUCAGGGGAGAGAUAGAUGGGAAGAUGGGGGCGGAGAGCACCACCGAGUUCACAACCUCGAUCUCUGGUCCCAAAAACCUCCAUGUGGUGAAGACAACUACCACAUCUGUAGUUGUCCAAUGGGAGCGUCCUCUGGGGGACAUUGACAGGUACCGCCUCUCCGUCUCACCCAAUCAGACAGAGGGAGGGGAGGCGAAGGGAAGCCAGGAGAUGACCCUGCCCCCAGAGAGAGACUCCGCCCACAUUGAGAAUUUGGAGCCGGGGCGUUUGUAUGAUAUCACACUCGUGGCUGAGAAGGGGAGGAGCCAGAGCCCGCCCGUCACAGUGCAGGUCACACCCGGCCCGGAGCCGCCUUCUAACCUCCUGUUCAGUAAUGUGACUGAGUCCUCCCUCACUGUGUCCUGGACCAAACCCAGGGGUCCAGUGACGGGCUUCAAGGUCACCUACACACACACCCAAGAAGGGGAGCCUGUCUCUGUGUCGGUUGAUUCCCAGCAUUCCAUGGUACUUCUGUCCCAGCUCUCCCCUGGCUCUCCUUAUGAGGUCAGCGUCAUCUCCCUGCUGGGAAUGGACGAGAGCGACCCAAUCAAAGGCUUCGUUGUCACAGUCCCGGACCCGCCCACAGAUCUCCGAGCCAUCAAUGUCACAGACACCAAGGCGCUGUUGCUCUGGAGACCAGCCCUGGCGACGGUCGACCGAUACAUCAUCGUUUACGGUUCUGAAAAGGGGCAGGAUGUGAGGAUCUCAGUCUCUGGCAAUGCGGCUGAGCAGCAGCUGAAGGCCCUGCAGGGCUCCACUGUUUACAGCGUCACCAUCAGGAGCCAGCUGGGCAACCAGCAGAGCGGCGCCACCACCACCAUCUUCACCACCACAGGAGGGAUUGAUGAAAGAGGGCGGGAGGGGCCACGUGACCUGACAGCCAGUAACGUGACCCCACGCUCCGCGGUGUUGUCAUGGAGACCGCCUCCUGUGCCGGUGACAGGCUACAGACUGACCUAUCAGACAGCAGGAGAGGAGAUGAAGGAAGUGACCCUUGACCCCAGUGCAACCCAGCACAAGCUGACGGGACUGUUUCCAACGUCGAAGUACACAGUGCGCUUACAGGGGGAGAGGAGGGGGCAGUACACCGCAGCCAUCUCCACCGAGUUCACCACCGGAACACUGCAGUACCCCUUCCCCUCUGACUGCUCUCAGGAGCUGCUGAACGGGGUGCAGGAGUCAGGGGAGGCGGAGAUUUUCCCUGGGGGGCGGCAGGGCGGGCCCGUGCGGGUCUACUGUGACAUGGAGACCGACGGGGGGGGCUGGACGGUCUUUCAGAGGAGAAUGAAUGGAAGGACAAACUUCUUCAGGGGCUGGCGGGACUACAGCAGCGGCUUUGGCAACCUGAGCGCGGAGUUUUGGCUCGGCAACGAGCUGCUUCACAACCUGACCAGCCAGGUCGCCAUGGCGUUGCGGGUGGACCUUCACGCGGGGGCGGAGUCUGUCUACGCCCACUACUCCUCCUUCUCCGUGGACACACAGAGGCGGCACUACGCCCUCAGAGUGUCGGGAUACUCUGGCACGGCAGGUGACUCCAUGGAGUACCACAAUGGCCGCCCAUUCUCCACCAGAGACAGAGACCCCAACCCCUUCAUCACGCGCUGUGCCAUGUCCUACCGGGGCGGCUGGUGGUACAAGAACUGCCACGAGGCCAACCUCAACGGCCUCUACAACAUCCACACCAAUCACCAGGGCGUGAUCUGGACGAGCUGGAAGGGAAAGGACUUCUCCAUCCCCUUCACCGAGAUGAAGCUCCGCCCAGUCUCCUUCUCCCCGCCCUAUCAGGGAUAGGGGAUGGAGAGGGGGAAGGAGUGACGGAGAUCGGGGGAGAGAGAAGGAGUGAGCAGGGGAGACAGAGAGAGACCCUUCUCUACAAUGCAAGCAUCUGACACCACUAUACACUCACUCAUUCAACCCAGACAUGGCCGCCUGCAGACACACAUACACGCACACACACACACACACACACAAACACAGACACAAAAUCACACA